AUGAGUGUCAAGACCCCACAAGCAUUGCGAGAUGCAACGACGGAGUCCAAGCAGGCGGGAGAGAAUGGGCGCGUGGUUUAUGAGCAAUUCAUCCUCUUCGGCGAUUCUAUCACCGAGGGUGACGGGAAUCCUGAGUUAGGGUUUAGUUGCUAUCAAGCGCUACAGCAUGACUACAAGAGACGCAUCGACAUAGUUAACCGAGGAUUCAGCGGGUACAACACCUCGAAUGCCCUCGCCGUGCUACCUCGAAUUUUUCCAACACCGCAGCAAGGGCCAGUCCGACUUGUAACCUUAUUCUUCGGCGCCAACGACGCCAGUCUCCCAGACACGACAGGCCAACACAUCCCGCUCACCACCUACACCACCAACCUGCGUCUCCUAAUCCAGCACCCCGCCAUCACCUCGCACAGCGGCGUGCGAAUCCUGCUCAUCACGCCGCCCCCCAUCGACGAGUGGGGAUUCGACGGGUGGGACGAGCCAGGGAGGUCGGCGCGGACAGCCGGCGUCGCGAGGGCGUACGCCGAAGCCGUGCGGCACGUGGGCGAGGAGACGGGCGUCGCGGUGGUGGAUCUGUGGGGUAAGUGUAUGGCGGAGGCGGGCUGGACCGACGACGACACGGGGAAGGACUCGAAGCUCCUCCUCCCUGGGAAUAAGAAGCUCGAGAGGAGCGAGGCGCUAGCGAGGUUGCUUUACGAUGGUGAGUUUUAAACUUCGUCAGACUCUACAAGUACGCAUACACAAGCGUCGGUUGAUUGUCUCCGACGAAUCCCAUCCGGCGGGAAGAGUAACUUGAUUGACGCUUAGCGGGGGAGCAUUAGGAUUGCAUCUUAGCGGCGAGGGAUACCGAGUCCUGUAUCGCGAGAUGGUGAAGACGAUUGCGGAAUCGUAUCCCGAAUUGCGGCCUCAGAAUUUGCCGGUGGCUCUUGAGCCUUUCUUUCCGGAAUGGUAUCAAUGAUUCACCUGCAUCUUGCAGGAAACGGGCGGAUAUCGAACCAUGUCCUGGGAGACUGUGGUGGCACUACAUGC